CCACACUCUCCUCCCUUUGGAUUCUCAACCACGACCACAGUUGCUGCUGGACACUGUCGCUAUCCCUGGAUAUGAAGUGGAAGCAGACUUGGGAAGAGGUCACCUCCACAAAGUUAUGCAGACUGCACUGUUGGUGAGGUCCUCAGGCCAGGUCGCCGCCACCAUGACACUUAAGAAAGGCACUUCCUGGGGCUCAAAACAAGAGGACACAAACUUGCAGCAAAUUGGUGUUCGUCUUAGGUGUAGAAGCAGAUCAACCCAGACCCGUGUGGCUCUCUAGACACAGCAGGAAUCCAGCUGGGUAAGUUAAAUGGAGCCUCUCUCCCUUCCUUCUUCCCUCUGUCCUCCCUGGGUUUGAGUAGAAUGGCUUGAAGUUUUAAUGAUGAUCUCCCAACCACCGCAUAGACUGCGCUGGGUUCCUAAGCUUCCUGCGGAAGAUGGGCAAGACCAGAGGCUCUCUGGGGCGUUCCCAGAUCCGGAAUGAGCCAAAUAUCACUGCCACCAAGUCAUUUGUCCACUUAGACCUUCCAAGUCUCACUGUCUCUUGAGCACGUAGUCUUUGGCUCAGCUUCUAAGGGUGUGUCACCAUUUCGCGGCUUCUUCUCUGGAGGUUUCUUUGCCCUGUUGCCUUGUGACUCUCUACAAAUUCCCCGCAAUCUGAUUUCUAACUCCUAUUCUGUGCCGGGUUUCCCCACAAAUCAAAAGACAGUGAGGUCCAAGGUCAGCUCUGAAGUGAGCGCUGUGGCCAGCUUCCCGGAGGUUGGAGUAGGCACUGGAGAGGCUGCAUCGGAUAGCCAAGUGCAAACGCGGGCGGCCAGUGUCUGCCCCCCUCCCUGCCCCAGCGCAGAGCCACGGGAGGGGGCACUCCCUGGCCCCGGUGGCUACCCUGGGGACCCCAAGCUCCGCCCUGCUGCACUCCUAUUGGUUUGGGGCGCCCCCGCCCCCAGUCUCCCUUUCCAGCUCCCGGGCUUUUUAGGCUACCCUGGAUAAAUAGUCCAGGACGCCUGGCGCGAAGCUAGGGGCGAGAAAGUCCCAGGACGAUCGCUUUCUUCGCCACAACUCCGACAGAACAGGGAGGGGAGGCAGAGGACAGUCGGUGUGCAGUCCAAGCCUCAGCACUUUGCCAUCGUACUGUCGGAAUUCAGGAGUGGCAGAAAGUGACUCUUGAGGCUUGAGUUGAGCGAGAGACAGGACCGAGAAGCCCAGGAGCUGGGAUAUGGAGUUACUGUCGCCGCCACUCCGGGACGUAGACUUGACAGGUCCCGACGGCUCUCUCUGCUCCUUUGCCACAGCCGAUGACUUCUAUGAUGACCCGUGUUUCGACUCACCGGACCUGCGCUUUUUCGAGGACCUGGACCCGCGCCUGGUGCACGUGGGAACCCUCCUGAAACCGGAGGAGCACACACACUUCUCUACCACGGUGCACCCAGGCUCAGGUGCUCGCGAGGAUGAGCAUGUGCGCGCGCCCAGCGGCCACCACCAGGCUGGCCGCUGCUUGCUGUGGGCCUGCAAGGCAUGCAAGCGCAAGACCACCAACGCUGAUCGCCGCAAGGCUGCCACUAUGCGCGAGCGGCGCCGCCUGAGCAAAGUGAACGAGGCCUUCGAGACGCUCAAACGCUGCACGUCCAGCAACCCGAACCAACGGCUGCCCAAAGUGGAGAUCCUUCGCAAUGCCAUCCGCUACAUUGAAGGCCUGCAGGCUCUGCUGCGCGACCAGGACGCAGCACCCCCUGGCGCCGCUGCUUUCUACUCGCCCGGCCCGCUGCCCCCAGGCCGAGGCAGCGAGCACUACAGCGGCGACUCGGACGCUUCCAGCCCACGCUCCAACUGCUCAGACGGCAUGAUGGAUUACAGCGGCCCCCCGAGCGGCCCCCGGCGGCAGAAUGGCUAUGAUGCCACCUACUACAGCGAGGCCUCCAGCGAGUCCAGGCCAGGGAAGAGUGCAGCGGUGUCGAGCCUCGACUGCCUAUCCAGCAUCGUGGAGCGCAUCUCCACGGACAGCCCUGCCGCACCUGCGCUGCUGCUGGCAGACUCAUCUCCAGAAUCUCCUCCAGGACCUCCAGAGGGGACAUCCCCAAGCGACACAGAACAGGGGGCCCAAACCCCGUCUCCUGACGCCACCCCGCAGUGCCCUGUAGGCAUGAACCCCAAUCCAAUCUAUCAGGUGCUUUGAGAGGUCUGCUGCCGCGGGAGAGGGAGUACCGCCUACACUCCCGGGAGUCCUGCACACCCAAAAGAUGAAGCUUAAAUGACACUCCUCCCAACUGUCCUUUCAAAGCCACACAUCCAAAGGCUGGAAAGGGGGGGAGCAGAAAUCUGUCCCCACAUCGGUCCCCAAGGAAAAGACGCAGUCCGUUUGUUGUCAUUGUUUUGUUUAUUUUGCUUUUUCAUGCGACUCACAGAAGACAGCCACUUGCUGCCCCUAACGGCCAGGCUUCCUUCCUUUUCCUCAAAGCUCCUGGCGCAGGGGUGAGUCCCAUACACCUAGGCCCUGUCCUCCACAUCCCUGUUGUUUGUGGAGACAGGAUCCCCAUUUUCCAGAGGCCCCCAACACGUGCUCUUUCCCACAGCCUGCGGAGGCCGCUCUGUUGCGGUAACAGGUGUAACCAUACCCCACCUUCCCCCGUCCCAUGCGCGGUUCAGGACCACUUAUUUUUUUUAUAUAAGACUUUUGUAAUCUAUUUGUGUAAAUAAGAGUUGCUUGGCCAGAGUCAGAGCCCCCUGGGCUGUAUUUAUCUCUGCGGCAUGCUGUGUUGUGAAACAAGAAUUUUGUAUGUUUAUUCCUCUGGUGGGCGAGCCUCAGGGCUCACUCGCUCAGGUGUUGGAAAUAAAGAAGCUAAUUUAUA